GUUCGUCCAUGGAAGAAGAAGCUUCUUCUAACUCACAUUGUGGCCAUCACCUCUCCAGCGGCGGAGAUGCUGCCGUAUCUACCUCCACCGGCGGUGGUGGUGCUCGGUACAAGCUUAUGUCACCGGCUAAACUUCCGAUCUCAAGCUCAACCUCCAUCACCAUCCCUCACGGUCUCAGCCCUACCUCUUUUCUCGACUCGCCUAUCCUCCUCACUAAUGUGAAGCCAGAGCCUUCUCCAACUACAGGUUUUUUUCUCAAGUCUCAACUGAUGCAAAGGUAUUCCAGCUCUGCUGCAUUCUUAUUAAAUGCAAAAGCUUCAGCCGGUGAAGAGUUAGAUGUCAGUAACUCUAGCUUAUAUGAGUCUAGACAGCACAUGGGGUCUGCAGCAGUUUCAGGAUGUUCAUCUGCAGCACUUCAGGUUUCUGCAGGUUUCAACCUCCAACAGAGUGAACCAAGUGGACAAAAGCAAAACCAAAGUGAGUCUCGGCCAAAUGCAUUAUCAUCUUUGACCAAUUGUGAGAUGGCAGCACCGAAAGAACAAAGUCUUGCUGCACCUGUAUGCAUGCUUGCUCCAGGGGUUGCUGCAUUUCACGGGGAAACAAAUGGAGUGGGGGUGACUAAGUCCAGGCUUCAUCAGUCAGACUUGUGUCACAAGGAUGCUGGACCUUUGGUUCUGUUUGACAGAUCAUCAGAUGAUGGAUAUAAUUGGCGAAAGUAUGGGCAGAAAGUUGUUAAAGGAAGUGAAUUUCCAAGGAGCUAUUACAGGUGUACACAUCCCAACUGCGAAGCAAAAAAGAUUUUUGAAUGUUCUUAUACUGGACAAAUAACAGAGAUCAUAUAUAAGGGUACACAUGAUCAUCCAAAACCUCAACCCAACCGUCGAUUUACUGCAGGUGCUCUUAUGUCAAUACAGGAUGAAAAUGACGACAAACGUUUAUCUGUGCCUGGUCAAGUAGGUCUCUCCGCAACUAGUGGGCAGGUUCAUAAUUUUGAGACAUGUGGAACUCCUUUGCAGUCUCCUAAUCAAGCAAAUGAUAACAUGGAUGGGACAGUGCCACAAUUGAACAUCACCAAUGAUGAGGUUGAAGACAAUCCAAAUUUGAAAAGGAGGCGAACAGAUUUUGGUACACUUGAUGUAACUGCAGUGGUUAAGCCUAUACGUGAGCCACGUGUGGUUGUCCAGACUAUCAGUGAGAUUGACAUACUGGAUGAUGGAUACCGUUGGCGCAAGUAUGGACAGAAAGUUGUGCGAGGCAACCCUAAUCCCAGGAGUUAUUACAAGUGCACGAGUGCCGGAUGUUCAGUAAGGAAACAUGUAGAGAGGGCAUCCCAUGACCCUAAAGCUGUCAUAACGACCUAUGAGGGGAAACACAAUCAUGAUUUACCUACUGCCAAGAGUAGCAACCAUGACAUUGCAGGGAAUGGGAAUCGAAAGAUUAGAUCAGAAGCAGAAAAUGCAAUCUGCCUUGAUCUUAUAGUUGGCAAUAGAUUCUCUGGGAAGCAACCACAAGCACUGAAUGCUGAAGCCAUCCAUAGUCAAGAGCAUGCUUCAAAUUCCAGUUUCAACAGAGUUUUUCAGUCGGCAUGCUAUGGCAUGGUAAAUGGUGGAAUUGAUGUGUAUGGAUACCGAGAGAAUGAGUUUGGAACUCAUAGCUUUGAUAUUGCAACUCUAAACCAUUCUUCCGAUCAGUAUCCACGAAAUCUUGGAAGAGUACUAUUGGGCCCAUAAAGUUAGAAGAACAUAAAAUAAAACUACUGCUGCUUCUACCAAUAUGGAACUUGUCAACUUGGCGGGUUGAAAGGGUAUAUGCACUCAACUCCAAGUUGGUUAAAGAAACAGACAUACGUGACAGGCUUAUAUUUCUUCCAACUACUUCCUUGUGAUUAACAACAAACAAGAAAUGUUUGACGUUCACCAUUGUUGGUCUUAUAUCUGUAGAAUGUACAAAUUGGAAAACUAUUCCUGAUCAAGAAAUGAGAUGUUGUAACUUAGAUGCUAAUGAGGGGAUUGCUAGGGAGUACCUGUAUUUGUUCAAUUUUCCCUCAUUAAGGUUUUGUUACCUUAUGAGAAUUUGGUUUCUAGACUGGUGUAUCUUUCCAAAGUCUUGGGCCAAUACAGUUGGUCAUCAGAACUCUGUAGCAGAUAUGGACAUGUAAACUUUUACUGGCCUUGGGGCACAAGAGGAUUUUUAUUGAAAUAUGCAUGUAUAGUAUAUA